CCCUUGAAGUGACGCCAGCGCGCCGGCGUGCGCGUGACGUCAGAUCCCGGGCGAGGCGGGCGGGGCCGGUUUGAACGAAAAUGGCAGUUAACGUGUAUUCCACCUCGGUGACAAGCGAUAACUUGAGUCGACAUGACAUGCUCGCCUGGAUCAAUGAGUCCCUCCAGUUGAAUCUGACAAAGAUAGAACAGCUCUGUUCGGGUGCUGCUUAUUGUCAGUUCAUGGAUAUGCUCUUCCCUGGUUCUGUAACACUGAAGAAAGUGAAAUUCCAGGCAAAGUUGGAACAUGAAUACAUUCAAAACUUCAAAGUCCUACAAGCAGGUUUUAAGCGGAUGGGCGUUGACAAAAUAAUCCCUGUGGACAAACUAGUAAAAGGAAAAUUCCAGGACAAUUUUGAAUUUGUUCAGUGGUUUAAAAAAUUCUUUGAUGCAAACUACGACGGGAAGGACUAUGACCCUGUGGCAGCUCGGCAAGGCCAGGAAACCGCGGUGGCGCCCGCUCUCGUUGCGCCAGUGCUGAGCAAACCCAAGAAGAACCUGGUCUCUGGCGGCACAGCUCCAACGCGACCCUUGGUUGCACAGAGGACAACCGUGGCUAAUAAAACUGCCCCUGGAAUGGUUAAAAAGGCACCAGGAGGCAUUGGGGAGGAUGAAUCUGCGGAACUGAUCCAACAGAUCAAUGUAUUAAAAUUGACUGUUGAAGACUUGGAGAAGGAAAGGGACUUCUACUUCGGAAAACUGAGGAACAUAGAGCUGAUUUGCCAGGAGAAUGAAGGGGAAAGCGACCCAGUGCUGCAGAGGAUUGUGGAAAUUCUUUAUGCAACAGAUGAAGGCUUUGUGAUACCAGACGAAGGAGCACCACAAGAAGAGCAAGAAGAGUAUUAACAGGCCACCUACUGUACCAGCAGAGCAGCAGCGGAAUUCAGAAAUCAGAAUUCUUUGCCCCAAUCAUGUGCUUAUCUGUAAAACUACUCCAUUUUAUUCUUAGGACUCACUGGUUUCUUUUCAUAAGUAAAAUAA